CUAUGCAAUACACUAAUAUUUCGCACAUUGUUUUUGCUUCGACGAUGUAUACAACGCAAAUCCACGCAAAAAAAGGUUGAAAAAAAGACAAAUAUUGUCUGAUGAUCAUCUUGGAAGGCUAAAUAAAUCAUCACAACAUCAACAGGACAUGUUACUCUCCUUUUGAGCAAAGCCAGAUCCAUGUAGAAGCGAUUCUGAACUGCGUCUGGAAACGCACAGACGAAGGCCGGAGAGGUUUAAUGUGCACCAUCUCCUGAGGAGAGAGAGAGAGAGAGAUGGGGAGGAGUAAGAAACAGCUGUCCAGACUACUCUCUGGUAUCUUCAUCCGGUUCUUUCACACUGCCCUCACUGUUGGCAUCUUCUGCGUGCUACUCUUCAAUGAGACAGAGCUACGGCAUGCAUUCUUUGAGAAGAACAUUGUGUAUGAGAUAGCGUUCACUAGUUUGCUUCUGGCAACGAGUGUACUCUACUUCAUUGCCAGCUUCAUGAACCCAGGCUAUGUGACAUUAGAUGAAGAAAGGAAUGGAUGGAGCCAUGUAGAUUCUAGUGAUGAAGAAACAGCAGAGGAUUCCGGAGCUGAAGAUAACGACGCGGAGACACAGAAAAUGGUGAAAGAGAAAAAGAAAAAGGACCAAGCACAGAGGAAGUGUAGCUACUGUAACAUCAAGCAACCAGUGAGGACGAAACACUGUGAGGACUGCGGGAGGUGCGUCCGACGGUUCGAUCACCACUGCCCGUGGCUAGAGAACUGUGUAGGGGAACGCAAUCAUAGAUUCUUCUGGUUCUUUCUCCUUUGUCAAGCAACACUCAUCAUCUGGGCUAUUAGAAUUACAUGGGGUGGGUUCCACUGGCAUCCAACCAUCCAGGACUGGUUACGCUCCAACGCCCUCUAUCUGAUCUGCAUGUUGGUGCUCAGCGUCGGGGCGGCGGCCGUCAUCUCGCUUCUCUGCUGUCACACCUUUAUGCUCUUCACAAACCAAACCACGUGGGAAUUCAUGUCGCGGCAUCGUAUCACGUAUCUUCGGAACCUGGACGAGUCAGUGAACCCGUUUGACGAGGGAUACUGUCGCAACGUCCUCAAGUUCUUUUGCUACUGCCCGUACCGCAGUUGGGAUGUCAUGCUCGUGCGGUACAGCGAUCUUGAGAAUGCCUCGUAAGACUUGACCCUACCGAUUAUUUAUUUUGUCCCAUGCUCGUACUGUCAAUUCAUUUAAAGGCCCACUGCACUACCUAUAGCUACUUGCACCCUCUAUACAACAAACAAUGUC